CCGCGGAGCAGCGCCCGCCUUUCCCGGGGCGCCGCGGAAGCCCCUCUUCGCCGCUGAAUUUACAAAAAAAAGAAAAAAACCUUCUUAUUUUUUUACUUUUUUAUUUUCUGGCUAUUCCCCCUCCUUCCUCCUCCCCAACCGCCUCCCGAACCGGCGGGGCGGGAAGGGAGCUUCUCCGGUCUGCAAAAUCAAAGCAUGGCGGAGGCUGGCGAUGAGAACCGUCCUCCCCAAAGCAUCCAGCGCCUCUGACAAGCCCGGAGCCAGAGGGGGUGGGGGUGGGAAAGGGCGGGAGGGGGGAGAGCAUGGGAGGGAGGGGGCGGCCAGUCCUUCCCCCUGCACUUGUCAGAUGCAGAUGGGACUGGCAAAGUUUGUUUGAAUAAAAAAAAAAAAAAAGGCCAAAAAAAAAAAAAAGGGGGAAGAGCAGGAGGAGGGGGAGGGAAAAAAAAAAAAAAGAUCCUAGAAAUCCAAAAAGGCUCAUCUGGGAAGGAGAGAGAGGAGAGCGAGAGGAAGCGGGAUGCAACUCAACCUGACGCUGAUCUGCUUCGUCUUCGGGGGGUUCCUGCCCGACGCCGCGGCCCGGCGGGAGCAGAUGGACACGGGGCAGUGCGACCUGCCCCGCUCGCAAGGAGAGCUCAACUCCUUCCUCUGGACCAUCCACCGCGAUCCCCCCGCCUAUCUCUUCGGCACUAUCCACGUGCCCUACACGCGGGUGUGGGACUUCAUCCCCGACAACUCCAAGGCCGCUUUCCACGCCAGCUCCAGCGUCUACUUCGAGCUGGACCUCACCGACCCCUACACCAUCUCGGGGCUGGCCAGUUGCCAGAUGCUGCCCCACGGGGAGAACCUGCAGGACGUGCUGCCCCGGGAGCUCUACCGCCGCCUCAAACGCCACCUGGACUACAUCAAGCUGAUGCUGCCCCACUGGAUGACCCCAGACCAGCGGGGCAAAGGGCUCUACGCUGACUACCUCUUCAAUGCCAUCGCAGGCAACUGGGAGCGCAAGAGGCCUGUCUGGGUGAUGCUCAUGGUGAACUCCUUGACAGAGACGGACAUCCGCUCCAGAGGAGUGCCAGUGCUCGAUCUCUACCUCGCCCAGGAGGCCGAGAGGAUGAAGAAGACGACGGGUGCGGUGGAGAGGGUGGAGGAGCAGUGUCACCCGCUGAACGGGCUCAACUUCUCCCAGGUGCUGUUUGCUCUAAACCAAACUCUGCUCCAACAUGAAAGCCUCCGAGCAGGUAGUUUGCAGGCCCCAUAUACCACUGAAGAUCUCAUCAAGCAUUAUAACUGUGGAGACCUGAACGCUGUCAUAUUCAACCAUGACACUUCUCAGGUCCCUAACUUCAUCAACACAACACUCCCACCUCAUGAGCAGGUGACGGCUCAGGAGAUAGACAGCUACUUCAGACAGGAGCUCAUCUACAAGAGGAAUGAGAGGAUGGGGAAGAGAGUGAUGGCGCUUUUAAGGGAGAACACAGACAAGAGCUUCUUCUUUGCAUUUGGAGCAGGUCACUUCCUGGGUAACAACACUGUGAUUGAUGUACUGAGACAAGCAGGAUUUGAAGUGGAGCACACCCCUCCUGGACAACCAAUUGGAAAUUCAAGGACAACAAAGACAAGCCCAGCCUUGGAAGGGUCCUCAGCAACAGCCCUGCCUGCUCUCCAGCUUUCUGAGCAGGUCCCACUGACGUCUCCUUCCCUGAAGCCCCUGCAGAUGGAUGAAGAAGACAGCCUGUCUCCUCACCUCCUGUUGCCAGACAGCAUCAGCCAGCUGGAAGAGUUUGGCAGGCAGAAGAAAUGGCACAAGAAGCAGCACAAACACCAUCGCCAGAGGCAGUUCAAUGACCUCUGGGUUCGGAUAGAAGACAGCACCACCACGUUGCCUUCCUAUAUCAGGAUAACCAAUGGCUACAUCACAGUCAAACCUCCCAUUUGGAUUUCAAACCGGCUGGAUCAGAGACCACGUUCAGAUCGCCCAUCCCAGCCGCAGCCCACAAGCUCAGCUUCAGCCAGCCUUUCAUGGCCAUCAAUAACUUCUCCUCUCUGCGUGGCCAUAGCAACUUUGCUGCUGAAUCUACUGCAGCCUUCCUGACCACGUUAGUGUCACGUGCAAUCCCUUGGAAUACAGAAGAGAGAUAAUUUAUGAACGAAUUGGAGGUUAUGACAGCAACGGUUACAAACUGGACCUUCUCAGUGAAUCAGUAGUGCCUUCUAGCUGAUUUUGUCUCUUUGCCCAGAUACAUUUUGAAACUCUAAAGCUUUAUUGUAACACUGACUUACAUCUUCUUUUUGUAGAAGGAUCUUUAUUUCCCAUAGUGCUAUGGGGUUUUGUAAAAUAUACAUGUUCAUAUAAAGAAAAAAAAAGGAAAAAGAAAAAAUGUAUUUAUUCAACUGGUAAACUUAUUUUUUUCUUGUUCUAUAUGUUAAUAACAUCCCUAUUAAUCAGUAGCGAUGGUGAAACAGAUAAAUUAAUAUUUUCUAUAUUUGUUUUCUAACUGACAACUCUGCAAAUGUCUGAACUGACACCAAAUGAACGGCUUCUUUGUUUUGUUAACCCUUUUUACAGAAAUUGUCCAAUGAGUACAUAUCUGCUGAACUUAUUUUACUUUUUUUUAAUCUCAUUAGCACAGCUUACACUGAAUAAAGCAGAUCCUGCUCUCUGUGGCCUAUGUCCAUUAGAAAGAUAGGUGCAAUCUUAACUCAAGUUAGCUGCUACAACCUAAAAUCCCAGUUAUUUUUAUAUGACUUUGUAAGUCAUUAGUCAAGAUAACCCUCUAAGUUCCCCUGUUGUCUUUAACUCAACUAUUUAACUUCUUUAGAAAUUACCAAUUUCCCUCUUUGCCCUAGGAUUAAUUCAUUAGCUAACGCAAAUUAAGACACCUUUUUCUUAAUAAAAAAAAGUUAUUUUAAAGUCUG